AGACCUCACUUUCUAAAUACAAAACAUACCAUUGGAGAUGAGCAGCCUUUUUAAAUGGUUAAAUGGAGCGACUAUAGGGUUCCGGUGCUUUCCGUGGCACAAUAGUAUCGCGCGGUCUGGGAUAGGCUAUGGAAUUACUUUUAUGUCGGAAGGGAGACGACAGAUACUGUACCUUGUUGGAUUGACAACACUGUUGGGCAGGUAGCCUAAAUCAGGUGCAUUUCUAGUACAUUCAGUUGAACAUGUUUAGGCAUGUGCGGUUGCGAACACAGUUGUCCGUGGCCAGUCGGACAUUUCCGCGACAGUUCAGUAAGCAGUUUCUAAUGUAGCCCAGCCUACAGUUUUUGUAAGGAAGUAGCCCAUAUGAUUCGUUUUCAGCAAACUACACGAAUACUGGAGACUGAUCACUUUCCAGGCUCACUGGCUGUCCGUCAUGAAGAAGCGAGCCAAUAAGGCGUUGGAGCCGGAUGAGCCUCUGUGCUGCUGUGAGUUUGUGGACCAUCAGGGGGAGCGGAGCCAUGUGGCAGCCUGCUGCUGUGACUGUGAGGACCUGGACGAUGCCUGUGACAGAUGGUUGAAAAAAGAGCCCCAGAAGGCCAACUCACUGUCCCAUCUGGUUACUGUGAUGACCGACCGCCUCCGUGUUCCCUGGUUCUGGGGCGGAGCCCGGCGUGUCGACCUAUCGGUGCUCCCCCCGCUGCUCCUACUUCCUGUCCUCCUACACGUCGCAGCCCUUCACUUCCUGUUGGGUAUAGUUGUUCUGACUGCUCUACCGGUCCUGGUUCUAUGGUACUACUACGUCACCCACCGCAAGAAGGGCCGGACCCUGUUCUUCCUCAGCCUGGUCCUGUUCUCCCUGGGCUACAUGUACUACCUCUUCCUCACCGAGAUCUUCCUCAGGGGGGGUUUAGGGCUGACCCAGUUGGGCACAGUGACCCUGGGGGUGGCCCUGACUCUGGCCGCCCUAUUCCACACCAAGAGAGAACCUCGCUACGUAUGGCCACACCCGGCUGACGUCCACAGCACAGUGACCUAUCACAGCCCUCCACCGGACAGAGACCCCGGCCACAACGGGGUCGGGCAGGAAGUAAUGCUAGCCAAUCGGGGUAGUGGGUCAGAGCAGCAGGGCCAGGGGGUGGAGCAGAUGGAUAGUGGGCGGAGCAGGAACUGGUGCUCUGUGUGCAGGGUUUUGCGGCCCCCCAGGGCGGGACACUGCAGGAUCUGUGACAUCUGUGUCCUGAGGCUGGACCACCACUGUGUCUGGAUAAACAGCUGUGUGGGCCAGUCCAAUCACCGCAGCUUCCUGUUGACACUCCUCCUCUUCCUGUUGACCUCUCUGUAUGGGAUCAGUCUGGUGCUGCGCAGCGUGUGUCCUCAACAGAACCUUGUCACCGCUCUGGUCUACUGCCCUGGCGUCUACAACCAGCACAGUUCAGCGCUGUGUUUCACCUGUGCGUGGUAUAGCUGCAUAGUGACUGGCGGACUACUACACCUGCUGGUCCAGCAGCUCAUCAAUGUCAGCUACAAUGUGACGGAGCGAGAGGCGCGCACCGCUCUCCGAGACAAGACUGCCCACAGUCUCUACUGGGGCCUUGUCGUUGACACAGGAGUCUACUCACAUGGUUUCCGUGGCAACUGGGCAGAGUUCCUGACCAUGGGAGAAGGCCCGGACGCCCCCUGGCCCAGCAUCACUGACCUGGUGUAGCUGGCCUUGGGAGAAGGCCCGGAUGUCCCUUGGCCCAGCUGACCUUGGGAGAAGGCCCGUGCGCCCCCUGGCCCAGCUAAACUUGGGAGAAGGCCCGGACACCUCCUGGCCCAGCCUCACUGACCUGGUGUGCGUUCAUCAAGGAAAAUAGUUUGCGAACAUUGGCUAAUGUUAGCUAACAUAUUCCAUUUGUUUUAUGUUAGCCACGACCAUUCGCUAACAUUAGCUAAUAGUCGGAGAAGGUAGUGUGCGGUGAACGUAAGUGUCGGUUUCAGGUCUUAACUGCCGCUAAAAAGAAUCAAGUGGCCAUGUAGAUGUAACAGUAUAACUUUAAACCGUCCCCUCGCCCCGACACGGGCGCGAACCAGGGACCCUCUGCACACAUCAACAACGGUUGCCCACGAAGCAUCGCUACCCAUCGCUCCACAAAGGCCGCGGCCCUUGCAGAGCAAGGGGAAACCCUACUUAAGUCUCAGAGCAAGUGACGUAACUGAUUGAAAUGCUACUAGCGCGUACCCGCUAACUAGCUAGCCAUUUCACAUCCGUUACAUAGACUUUCUACUAUAUUUAGUAGGAGUAGCUAAGUCAUUUUUUGUUUGAAUACAGUUGCUAAAAAGCUACAGUAAUCCUGACAAAAAGUAGCUGGUUGAAGUUUCACUGUAACAUUUUGGAAUAUUUAUUCAACUCAAAUUGUUACUCUGGCAACAUGUUCACCGCAAACAGAAGCUUUGUUGAACUCUCCUCUGGUGUAGCUGAGCUGCUCAACACCAUAAUGGCAUCGUUGCAUGCUGACCACAUCGCUCGUGCGCAUGUUGAUUUUGUCUACCCACACCAGAUGCGAUCAGGACAGGAGGUUGAAAUAUCAAGUAAUCGCUCCCCCAGUUUUCUUCUCUGGACUUUAUAUGGUGGUUGGCAACCAACUUCAAGGUGCGUUACCACUACCGCUGGAUCUCAGUUCAUCUUUCAGUCACCCAGUGGGUAUAUGCUCCUAAAAACCAAUGAGGAGGUGGGAUUCAUCAAGCGUCACAAAUAGAACCAAGUUCUAUUUUAGCGCCUGGCUACGCGUACGCUCGUGAGCAGUGUGGGUGCGAUGAUUGAAUAAUAUGUAUGUGUACAUUAAUUUUGCGACACGAGCGGUGUGGUCAGCAUGUUUGUUUCCUACAGAUCUAGAGUCAUCUCUUACCCUCAUACAAUCUGACUUUAACCGUUAGGGAGAAGUACAUAACACUGACCGUAGAUCAGCCUGGGGGGGGGGGGCAACUUCACCCUACUCUGUGAUAUAGAGGCGUCACUACAGACGCUGAAGGCCGGCUGUAUCACAACCGGCCAUGAUCGAGAGUCCCAUAGGGCGGCGCACAAUUGGCAUACCGUUGUAAAUAAGAAUUUGUUCUUAACUGA